UAUUCGUAAAUUUUUGGAAGAUGGAAAAUGCGAACAAGCUCAACUGUGGAGUGGGAGGUUACUGGUAAGGUGUAUUCGGGAAAUUGAAGGGUGAAUCCGCGGAGGAAACAGUGAGCUUUUUCUUCAAUUAUAUUCAGGCAAAGCAAAAUAAGCAAACGGUCAUUGAUGGAUCCCAAUGAAGCUCCAUUAUCAACUUCUCCGUCAAACUUCAAUUUCAGCCAGCAACGUCAUUUUUACCUAGCCGUCGACAGAUUUCAGUUCAAAAUGUUAGUUGCAGCACUCGUGACGAGCUCGACGCUGUCUGUUCCGCCCUUUCCACUCUCUCACAUAUUACAAUUGCCGCUCUGUGAUCUUGCUGAAGUGGAACGUGCAAGGGUUUUAUCUAGGUUUAGACAGGCUACAAUGAGGUGGAACAAGCAGGCUACAACUGAACAUGGAGAUGCAGGGGAAACAGAGAAAGAAGAGGAGAAAUCUAAUUUGAUAGUUGUCACGGAUGCUUGCCUUCCCCUUGUUAACUCUGGCGAAUCACCUGUCAAUGCUCGUGUAUUGAUUAACUAUGAGCUACCAACAAAGAAGGAAACAUAUACGAGGCGCAUGGCUACUUGUUUGGCAGCAGAUGGAAUUGUGAUCAACAUGGUUGUUGGAGGUGAAGUUGUUACUCUCAAAAGUAUUGAAGAAAAUAGUGGCCUUCUCAUAGCAGAAAUGCCCAUCAAUAUUUUUGAGAUGCUGUGAAGGGAUGAGGCCAUGCAAAUGUCAUCUAAACACAUGAGAUUCCAAGUAAUUACGUAUUAUGAUUAAAAAGUUCUCCACUUUUACAGUACUAUCUUUGAGUGUUAUUUGGCUGCAUGAUAUUUACCAUGUAGGUAGCAUUUCAUUGUUCGACUAGAUUUUAUAAAUAUAAUUUUCCUCUUACCUCUUUCAUUUCUUUAGCUCUUCUUUUUUAGUAAUAAAAAAGAAAGAUAGGUUCACUUGCUUAAAAGGAGGGAAGAGUUCUGUUGAUGAAUUUGGAUCAUAUUGCAGUGCUUUGUCAAGUUUAUGGGCGCAAAUGAGGGUUGAUGACCUGGCCGUUCUUGGGGGGUAGGUUUGGGUGAAUGUGAUAUUCAUCUUCAAGAUGAUUUCAGUUCUGGCAUAACAUAGCUCCUUGCCUAUGUCAAUAGGGACGGGGCUAUACAGAUUUAUUAGCAAUCUGAUGGUACUCUACACGAGAUGUGAAUUAGGGAAGAUUCAAAUGGUCACUACCUUUAAAUUGGAGCAAUUGGGGUCUUCCACACGUAAAAUCUUUGUUGGACCUUGUCAAUUUACUUCAGUUCAUUUAUGCAUGAUGUCCAAUGUUGAUUAUAUAAAUGGUAAUGAGGAGAUUGCAUUCUUGAUUUCAACCCUCCAAGGGGUUAUGCCCUAGAAGGGUCCUGUUAUCUUGAAUCUUAGGGAUUGGUGAUGCUUUGGUGCCAAUCAAUGUUUCUAGAUGAUCUGUGGAGUUCUUGUUCUUGGCUUUAGUCAUUUCCAUAGCUUCACUUUUCAAUUUUUACUUGAAUAGUCCACUAUCUUUCACAAAUGCGGCCAUUGAACUUGGUUAGCUGUAGCAACUGGCACAUUAUCACAGUUUUCCAUCACGAGUUAUAUUGCAUGAGAAAGGGGAGGACAACCUAUAUACUUUGCUGCCAACUGAUAUGGCCUUACUUUGAAAUUACAAGAUUUUGACUAGGAGGACUUUUAGUGUUACUGUUGUUGAACUUUAAUGAAUUAAUCAUCUAAUAGGCAUGAGAAAGGGGAGGACAACCUAUAUACUUUGCUGCCAACUGAUAUGGCCUUACUUUGAAAUUACAAGAUUUUGACUAGGAGGACUUUUAGUGUUACUGUUGUUGAACUUUAAUGAAUUAAUCAUCUAAUAGGCAUAGAGCUGGAAACCGUAAUAAGUGUAGUAAUAUUGUAAUUCCAAUUUUUCUGAGAGAAAAGAAGUUGAUAGAAGGAAAAGAGAAUCAUAGUAUAAAGACAAGAGAGAACAACUUCUUUAAUCUGUUACUAGUAUGUAUUAUUAUCUUAGUCAGUUUGCUCAAAGUCUUCAUCUCUAUUUCAUCAUAUAUCUUUUAUCCCCAUUCAAAGAGUGAUUUGGUUGGGACCGGGAGAUUGGUCUGAAGCCAAAUAAAUUAAUUGGGAUCUUUCUAAGAAGAUUUUGGAAUAGACCUGCUCAGGCCCAGAUCAAUGAAUGAGUUGCAUGAUGUGGAGCAGAUUUUUAAGGUCUUGCUUUUAGUCCCCACACUGUUAAAUAGGUUAUAUUUGUGUCUGCUUUACAGAUAAUGACAUCCAUUAAAAUCUUGACUCCAAGAGGUUAGAUGUGUACCAUUUGAAGCUUCUUGUUGUAAAUUUCUGGAUUUUAACCAACACUUUAAACUAUACUAAGUUACUAACUAUAUUUAGCUGUGCUUUCUGCUCGGCCCCUCAAAGGCCUUUAUCUCUAUUUGCAUUAUAUAUCUUUUCUCUCCACGAUGAGAUUGUAGUGACUAUGGAUAUGUAUAAAUAGAUUUACAUAUGUAAAGUUGGAUGAAAAUUACUAAGAAGAAAGAAGCAAAAAAAUGCUACUGGAGAACAAGACUAUUUUUGUGGGAAGGUAAGAUGUAUUUUCUCCAGGUCGUUUUCUUUUCCCUAGUCUAUGUCUAAUUUCACAUACAGUUAGAUUCCCUCAAUUGUACUUGAGUAAAGUUUUAUGCCCAAUUAGCUAUGAUAUUCUUGAUAAAAAUUGCAAAAUAAGUGAUUGCUACAUGCUUGGUGUUUUUGGAAAACAGUUGAACUAUCUACCCUUAACUCAAUCUUAAUCCCCUAAACCAAGUAUGGGAUAGAGAAUAACGAAAGCUUGCUAGGUGUCUUCAUUUGAUUGUUCCAAGAAUUAUACCUCGGUUAGUCUUGAGGGAAAACUAAACAUAUCCUAAAUGGCUUUCACUGAAGGAAUUUGGAUCUUGUCUAACUAUGCAGUCUUCUUCCCAAUGAUGAGUUCCAGUUGUGCUUUUACUCUACAAUUUACUCUGUCUACUAUUUAUAAGAAAGAAGGAAAGGUCCGUUCAUUAAUCAGUGGUAUAAAAGAAUCAUUUCCCUCCAAUCCCAGUACUUCACAAUGUCCAUUACCAUCCUUCCAAAAAGUAACUUGUAUAGCCGAUAUUUUACCUCCCAAUAGUACUUGGGAUAAUUGUACUAUUUUUUACUUUAUUGCACCAAAGUCACUAAACUAUUUUCUUAUAAAGAAAAAGUCAUUUAACUUACCUAAGUAUCAGAUAAAGUCACUAAACAAUUGUUUGUAAUAAAAAACUCCCAGUUUUAUAUUAUGUCUAUUUUCUCCUAAUGAUUUUAUGUGAUAUGCAGGCAAAGUUGAAUGAUAUUCUUGGCCUUGGGAAUUUCCACUGUAACAUUUGUUAUGAGGUGCACCAACUAAUACAUUUGCUUAUUACUUCCACUGACGCUCAAUAUACAAGUCUUCCAUAAACUUCUAUGUGAAUGCCUUGUGCAAAAAACUCUAGGGAAUAUAUAAUUUAUCGUGA